AUGUCGUCCAAGAAGCCCUCAGGAAAGGCCACUCGCUCGGCCAUCGCCGACGUGGUCGCCCGCGAGUACACCAUCCACCUGCACAAGCGCCUCCACGGUGUCACCUUCAAGAAGAGGGCCCCGCGUGCGAUCAAGGAGAUCAAGGCGUUUGCGACGCAGGCCAUGGGCACCACCGAUGUCCGUCUGGACCCCCAGCUGAACAAGAAGGUCUGGGAGCAGGGUGUGAAGGGUGUCGGCUACAGGCUCCGCAUCCGCAUCUCCCGGAGGCGUAACGACGAGGAGGGUGCCAAGGAGAAGCUCUACAGCUACGUGCAAGCGGUCAAUGUGAAGAACCCCAAGGGCCUUCACACCGUCCUCGUGGAGGAGUAA